UCUUCUUCCUUCGCCGCUUCUUUGGUUCAUUUCUCAAAUUCACAAAUCCGUAACUUCGAAAAUUAGGAACCUUCUCGAUCUCUCUCAAUCCACUCUGUGGAUGUAGAUUUCGAUUUGGAACGAACCCAAUCGUUUCCUUCUGGGAUUUGCAUUAAUGGCGAUGAGGUUUCUUCAUCUUCACCGACAUCGUCUUGCGAAAGGUAAUUCUGGGAAAGCUCUCUCCUUUAGCCGCCUUUUAGGUCUUAGUUUCUGGGUUCGACGAGCUUUUUGUACUUACCGAGAGAUUUUGAGAAAUGGUCUUCACUCUCUUCAGUUUAAUGAAGCUCUCGAUCUGUUCGCUCACAUGGUUGAGUCUCGUCCUCUUCCUUCUAUCAUCGAUUUCACUAGAUUAUUAACUGCUAUUGCGAAAAUGAAGAAGUUUGAUGCUGUGAUCAGUCUCUGCGAUCAUCUGCGGGUGAUGGGAGUUUCACAUGAUCUCUAUACUUGCAAUCUUUUGAUGAAUUGUUUCUGCCAUUCUUCUCAGCCUUUUCAUGCUUCUUCAUUUCUUGGGAAGAUGAUGAAACUUGGUUUUGAGCCUGACGUUGUCACGUAUACCUCUCUUGUUAAUGGGUUCUGUCUCGGGAAUAGAAUUGAGGAGGCCAUGUCUAUGGUGAAUCAGAUGGUUGAGAACGGGAUUAAACCUGAUGUUGCAAUGUAUACAACAAUCAUUGAUAGUCUUUGCAAAAACGGACAUGUGGAUAACGCGUGGAACCUUUUCAACCAAAUGGAAAACAAUGGGAUUAGACCGGAUGUUGUUGCUUACACUUCUCUUGUAAACGGUCUUUGUCAUUCUGGUAGAUGGAGAGAUGCUGCUCCGUUGCUGAGGGGUAUGAUGGAGAGGAAAAUCAACCCUGAUGUAAUCACUUUCAAUGCAUUGAUCGAUGCGUUUGUGAAAGAAGGAAAGCUUUUGGAUGCUAAAGAAUUGUACAAUGAGAUGAUUCAAAUGUCUAUUGUUCCUAAUAUUAUUACUUACACUUCGUUGAUCAAUGGGCUCUGCAUGGAUGGUCGCAUAGAUGAGGCCAAACAAAUGUUUUAUUGGAUGGAAACCAAGGGUUGUUUUCCAGACGUAGUAGCUUAUACUUCUCUCAUAAAUGGGUUUUGCAAGUGUAAGAAAGUAGAGGAUGCUAUGAAAAUCUUUUACGAGAUGUCCCAAAAAGGAUUGGCUGGGAACACAGUCACUUACACUACUCUUAUCCAAGGUUUUGGUCAAGUGGGCAAACCUUUUGUCGCCCAAGAGAUUUUUAGUCAUAUGGUUUCUCGUGGCGUGCCUCCCAAUAUUAGGACCUACAAUGUUUUGUUACAUUGUCUAUGUUAUAAUGGGAAGCUAAAGAAAGCGUUGAUGAUAUUUGAGGAUAUGCAAAAGAGAGAAAGAGAUGGUGUGCCUCCCAAUAUUAGGACUUACAACGUUUUGUUACAUGGUCUAUGUUAUAACGGGAAGCUAGAGAAAGCGUUGAUGAUAUUAGAGGAUAUGAAAAAGAGAGAGAUGGAUAUUGGUAUUAUUACAUAUACAAUCAUUAUUCAAGGGAUGUGCAAGGCUGGUAAAGUGAAAGAUGCUGUUAAUUUAUUUUGGAGCCUCCCUUCCAAAGGAGUGAAGCCUAAUGUUGUAACGUACACUACAAUGAUAUCGGGAUUGUUUAGGGAAGGGUUGAAGCUUGAAGCUCAUGUGUUGUUCAAGAAAAUGAAAGAAGAUGGGGUUCUGUAAUUAGGUGAGGCUGACUCCUGAUUAUUUCACAUUUGUAUCUUUCACUCUGGGUUGCUCUAGGAAAAAAGGAUUUGGAUGCAGCUUUUGUGGUUCCAUUGCGAUGCCUCAUGGGCUGCCAUAAAAUCGCCCAACUGUUUGACAUGGUCUUUGUGAAGCGAGGAGGAUUUGAUGAAGCUGUGAGGUUAAUUCGUUUGUGGAAGUGAAGGAUGACUUGUGUCUACUUCAGACACUGUAUUGAUAAAAAAGAAACUUCGUAAAGAAUGUGCAGAAGGCAAAUGGGACUUCUUAGUGAAUUGGUAGACUACAAUUUGUAAGUGACAAAAUUUAAAAAUCAUUGAACAGUAGAGGGUCCUUAAAGAUAGUGAUAGAAUGAGUUAUAUCAUCAAAGGUAGCAAGCAGAACCAGUCUGAUUUCUGUAACCGGUGGAUGAUGCUAAAGGCAUGCCACUUCACACACACAAAUAAGACAUGUGUCAUUCUUUUGUUCCCUUUUAAAUGAUGCAACAAGCCAACAAGGAUGAUCAUUGCUGCA